GCUGGAGACGGGGAAGGCGCCUCCGCAACUCCUCCUGCCCCGCCGCUGCCGCCCGCCCGCCCGCCCGCAGCAUGAUCUGGAAAACUCUGCCGCUGCUCUGCGCCCUGCUGGCCGCCGCCCGCCUGCGAGCCGAGGAAGAGCCAAGGAGCAAAUCCAAGAUCUGUGCCAAUGUCUUCUGCGGAGCUGGGCGGGAGUGUGCAGUGACUGAGAAGGGAGAGCCAACCUGCCUCUGCAUUGAGAAAUGCAAACCUCACAAGAGGCCUGUGUGCGGUAGCAAUGGCAAGACCUACCUGAACCACUGUGAGCUGCACCGUGAUGCUUGCCUCACUGGCUCCAAAAUCCAGGUGGACUACGAUGGCCACUGUAAAGAGAAGAAGUCUGAGAAUCCAGCUGCAAGUCCAGUUGUCUGCUACCAGUCGGACAGGGAUGAGCUCCGUCGCCGCGUCAUCCAGUGGCUGGAAGCUGAGAUUAUCCCUGAUGGCUGGUUUUCCAAGGGCAGCAACUACAGCGAAGUCCUGGACAAGUAUUUCAAGAGCUUUGACAAUGGUGAUUCUCGCUUGGACUCCACCGAAUUCUUGAAGUUUGUGGAGCAGAAUGAGACCGCUGUCAACAUCACCACCUACAUGGACCAGGAGACCAACAAGCUGCUCAGGGGACUCUGCGUAGAUGCCCUCAUUGAGCUGUCAGAUGAAAAUGCUGACUGGAAACUCAGCUUCAAUGAAUUUCUCAAGUGCCUCAGCCCGUCCUUCAACCCACCAGAGAAAAAGUGUGCCCUGGAAGACGAAUCCUAUGAGGAUGGAGCAGAGACCCAGGUGGAGUGCAACCGCUGCGUCUGUGCCUGUGGGAACUGGGUGUGCACUGCGAUGACAUGCGAGGGGAAGAAGGAGAAGGUGACUGCUCAGAGACAGCGACCUGAUGAAGACUUGACUGAGGAGGAGCUGGCUAGAUACAUUCAGGAACUGCAGAAGCAUCAGGAGACAGCCGAGAAGACCAAGAGAAUGAACACCAAGGAGAUGUAAGGGGCCUCCACACCGGAGGAGCCCAGGAGGAUGGGCCCAACCUGCCACCCUUUCCUCCAGUGCUGAUCUCAGUAUGCACAAGUGUCUGCUACAGUUGCCCAGUCACAGAUAUUUACAUUGUAUAGCGAUGGGUUAUUUGUUUUGUAAUACACAGAGAAUGGGGCCAGGAAAGGGGAGCAGAGCCCAACUGUUCAGGGAGCGUCAUUGCUGGGGCCUGGGAGGGAAGGCUGGGAGGGACUUACAGCAGCCUCUGGGGCACUUUCCCAGGGCAGACAGCAGCUCCCCCCGAGAACUAACAGGGAUUUCUUAUUCCCCUGGAUCUGGGGAAAGGCCGGAGGUCAGUGCUGGGUGGAAAAGGGGGUCUUCAAUUGGCAACACCAGCCUUGGCUUCAGAAACACAGGCCUGGCAGUUUUGUGGCUGAGCACAUGUGCUGCAGGGCAUCGUUAGCCAAGGACCUUGCCCUGCUUGCUCUCCCCUUUGGUUCGAGCUCCUCAAACCUGGUCAGCCUGGUGUGACACCUGGAAGACUGGGUGCCAUGCUGCUGGCAUGACUCCAGCAUGUUCCUCCUUGCUUUCCACCGGACUGUCCCCAGCAGCUCCUCCAGUACAUUGUGGGCUCCAACACAACAUGGUUCCUUUUGACCUCAUCUCACUCUUACUCUCCCUACCCCCUCCUUAGAGGUGCUAUCAUUCUUUUUUCUCCCUAGCACAUUCACAUGCUGACUCCCCCUUUUGUUUUGUUUUGGGUUUUUUAUUACUUUAUUUCCUAUGGUAGUAAUCCAGCUUUUAUAUGUUUCGUAGCUCUAGAUCUUUCAAGAAAACCCAGCCUGUGUGUUUUGUUACUGACAGUGCUGUAAUGCCCGUGCACAGUUUGUAUCGCUCUGCGCUCAGCCACUGCAAACACCACGGGCAACUUGUCAGCCCUGCACUACAGAGUAUUUCUCAGCUGGGGACAGCAAUGUCCCUCAUGGGAAGAAGAGACAGGGCUGGAUGUGAUUAGUUUCACCAGGCACGUAUUGCCACUGCAGUUCUCUAGCUCUUGCUCCCUUAGCUAGCAUUGACCGUGUGCUCAAAGUCCAUGCUCAUGCCUCUCUAAAUUGCCCAAAGGGAAGUGCCAGGUAGUCUAGACACAGAGGGAACAGGCAAUCUCAUUAGUCAGGUAUCUUAAAAGACUUAACUACAUAGAAAACUGUUUAGUUGGAGUCUGGGCUCUUUGCCAUCGUCUUGGGCUUUCCAUCUCCCUGUAGGUCAAAGCAGCAGCAUUAUUCUUUGAUUCCAAGUCUGAGGUUGGAGUCAGGGCUGGAAGCCUCAUUACUGACACAUAUCACAGUGUCUUCAAUCAGACCAUUUUUGACCACCCUCACAUCCCUUCAUGGGUUUUUGUCUCAGCAUUGGUCCUAGAUAUAAGUGAAAUGCUGUUUUGUCAACAGUCACCUCUGUAGCCUCAAGUCCAGCUGAUUUUCUCCUGCUGUUGUCAAAUGUACUUCAUACGCUCACACACCUGAACAUCCAAUUUCCAUGUUCCCUUCGUGCCCCGCUGUGCAUCCCAAGCAGUUGCAGGUACCCUGAGAUGACUGCUUGUAACUUCCAUCUUUCUGUUUGUGAGCAGCCUCCACAGUUGUUGCCAGGUGUCUUGCAGUCCCUAGUGCUUACUCAAGCCAAACUCCACUUGCAUCUGCAAAAGAAUGUUCUGCUUGAGUGAAGAUCAGCAGGACUUUUGUCCCAACCUUCCCCUGCUCGCACAGUGCUUUCCUUGGAAAGGAAGAAUGAGCUGGUACCUACCAAGUGUUGGAAAAGAAGAAAGCUUGGUCCCUCCUCGGAUCUUGCCCAUGAGUCAGAUUUAUUAAAGGCUCUUAUCUUUGAGCUGUUUUCAUGAUGUGAACCCAGAGGAUUCCCAUUGAGUGGGGCACAGCGCCACGUUUCCAGUGAGAGUCAUCAUCUACCCCACCAUGCUCAGAGGUUUUGAUGUAAUAAAUACAGAAGGGGGCUAGUUCUUUUGCCAUGAGGGUCUGGGUUUGUGAAGCUGCCACCUGUGAAGGUGAGGAGCAUAAGUCCACAGAAGCUAAGGGUGAUGUGGACAACGCUGUGCUGGGAUGGAGUCAUUGUUCCCGUGGCACUGGGCGUUGGAAUAGGAGCACCUAUUAGACAUGCCCUCGCUCCUCCCCAACAGCAUGAGCAAAAGAGCUUUAUGUGCUGGAUCUGGAGUCAUAGGAACAUUGUUAAUAAACAUUUUGCUUUAUUCCUACCCUGCUCUGAAAGCUAGGUCGUGCCUCCCAAGUCACUUCCUUCCAGCCUGGAUCAUUAAAGUGCCUUAGAGAAAACACAACAGCUUGCCUUAAAGGCUUUCCCUGGAUGGGGAUAACACCUUACUGUCCAGUCCGGAAGAUCUCCAACUGGGAGAACCAGAGUAUGUGCAGGAAGGGGAGGCUAGUCCAUGGCUGAAGAGCUGCUGCAGGCUGCAUUAUGUGAGACGUUCUCUAGUCCCUUUCCUGUCUCCUGUGGAUGUGUGGUCCUGAGGAUGGCUGCUGCGGGCAGCUGGAGGGGUGGGUGCUGCAGUUUAGGUUUACAGAGCUUUCACUUGCACUGAAGGCGGAGGGAUGGGCUAGCUGAGCUCUCUGACAAGCCAUGCCACAUAUCCUGGGGGAGCAGGGCAGGAGAACAGCAAACGUGCCUCCACAGAAAGCGCUGCUGCCCGCGGAGCCGUUUCCUCUUUGAGCCCUCAAAGGGAAGCACAGCUGGGGAAAGUGAUGCUACUUCCAAGGGCUGCGAUACCCAAAGGGGAUGGAAACACCUCGCGGGCUGCCAUUAGGUGAGUGAUGCCCAGACUGUACCCUGCUGCUGACUUCUGCAGGGUGACUUGGCUGCCGGGGAAGGAAGUGCUGGGUUCUGCCCUCUGGGACGAUGGCUGUACAGACUGCAAGGGGCAGGGAAGGCUUUGGGUGUUUUUUCUUUCCCAAAAAGCCAAAUUUAAGCCACAAACAAACCAAUCCCACUCCUCCCUCUAUCUUCCCUCCUGUUUGUGUGUGAAGUUUAUCAGUAUUCUGUAGGUUUCCUUAGUGCACUUAUUUUACUUGAUUUUGUAAUUUUUUUGAAGCGGGGGGGUUGGAUAUUACUGCCAAAUAAAUGGAACACAAUUUAAAAAAGAA